UUCUCAUGCUGGAGUCCAUCAUGGAUCUUCUCCUCUGCCUGAUGGUUGGGCUUCAUGUCCUCGCUCCGUGCGCAGCUCAGUGGUGUUACCAGAACCAGUACUCCUGUGAUGACACCUGCAGAGACCCAGGUCACUGGUCAACACAGUUUCCUCGCUGCGGAGGACUACGCCAGUCCCCCAUCAACAUCGUGAGCGGCCAUGUGCACGUGAACACGGCCCUGCCCCCCCUGGAGUUCCUCGGCCACGCAGACCGGAUCAACAUCACGGUGGAAAACAAAGGACACUCAGCUCACUUUCACCUGCCUCAGUCCGUCAGGCUGACUGGAGGAGCUCUGCCGGGUCACUACAGAGCCGCUCAGUUUCACUUCCACUGGGGGGGCAGCGGGACACCCGGAUCGGAACACACCAUCGAUGGCGAGAGGUUCCCUAUGGAGCUUCACAUCGUGCACAUCAAGGAGCCGUAUGGGUCCCUGGCGGAGGCGGAGCACGACAUGGCGGGAAUCGCCCUGCUGGCCUUCCUGUUUGAGGAAACGAGCGAGGAUCAUCCUCACCUGGACACCGUCAUAGCAGCUUUGGGCCAAGUGCAGCACAACGGGACCACGGCGGUGAUAGCAAACUUUCAGCUCAGCGACAUCAUCCCAUCCUCCAAGGACCUGCACGCGUACUACCGCUACGUGGGCUCCAUGACCACGCCCGGGUGCGAGCAGGCUGUCGCCUGGACCGUCUUCCACAAGAAGUUGGCAGUCAGCAGCCGACAGUUGGAUGCCAUCGUCCAGCAGUGUCGCUUCUGGACAGGACAGCCUAUGAUGGACAUCUUCAGACCCACUCAGCCGCUGGAUGGAAGAUUCGUGUAUCGCUCCAACUCCGCCGCUACUUUCAAAGCAACUCGCUUGUGGUUUGAUGUUUUCUUUUUGGCGCUCACAACAUUGGUUCUGAUUCAAUAA